UGUGUGUGUGUGUGUGUGUGUGUGUUUGUUUAUUGGCACAAAGUCCCCAGAGCCUACUUCAGAGGGUCAGCCCAGUUCAGCUCAGCUCAGAGAGAGCAAGCAGAGCAGCCAGCAUGUCGCUGCAGCAGGACUCUGACUAUGACUACGACUGCAUCGUGGUGGGAGCGGGGGUGCAGGGCUGCUGCACAGCCUACCAGCUGGCUCAGAACCACCAGAGAACACUGCUGCUGGAACAGUUCCUCCUGCCCCACUCUCGCGGGAGCUCUCAUGGGCAGACGCGGAUCAUCAGGAAGGCCUACGAGCAGGUUUACGCCCACAUGAUGGAGGACUGCUACAAGAUGUGGGCACAGCUGGAGAGGGAGACCAACACCACACUCUUCAGACGUACCGGGCUCCUGGUGAAAGGUCCGACGGAUGAACGGGACUUCCAGCUCUUCAGAGACACGCUGCGGAGGAACCAUGUUCCCACGGAAACGUUAACACCAGACGAGUUUGCCCGCCGGUUGCCCCACAUGGCACUGCUGAGGGGGGAGGGGGCCGUCAUAGACACCACGGCUGGGGUGCUGUUCGCCGACAAAGCUCUGCGGGCAGCUCAGAGCUACUUCCGAUCUCUGGGCGGCGUGAUAAAGGAUGGGGAGAAGGUGUUGAACAUUAAGCCUGGCUCCACGGUAACUGUGACGACCGCAUCAGGGGAGUACAGAGCAAAGAGCCUCAUCAUCACGGCUGGGCCCUGGGCCAACACCCUGCUAUCGCACACGGGCCUGCAACUGCCACUCACGGUGGUGAAGAUUAAUGUGUGUUACUGGAGGGAGAAGGUUCCGGGCACAUAUGGAGCAGAUGCCAACUUCCCCUGCUUCCUUCAGACCACCUCAGAGGGGGCAGAGUACCACAUCUACGGCCUGCCCUCCAACGAGUACCCAGGGCUGGUGAAGAUCUGCUACCACAUGGGCAGUGAGACGGAACCUGACCAGCGGGACAGACAGACAGACCAAUCAGACGUGCGGAUUCUCUCUCGCUUUGUGACCCGCUACAUGCCGGGUCUGGAGCCAGAACCAGCGGUGGUGGAGAGCUGCAUGUACACGGUGACACCAGACCAUCACUUUGUCCUGGACCGGCACCCUUCCCACGGGAACAUCAUCAUUGGAGCUGGGUUCUCAGGUCAUGGCUUCAAAUUUGGCCCAAUCGUGGGUAAGAUCCUAUGUGAACUCAGCCUCGGGAAACUGCCCUCCUAUGACCUCUCACCUUUCAGAAUCCAGCGCUUCCAGACCCAUCAGAAGUCUUCUCUGUAGACACACACACACACACACACACACACACACACACACACGCACGCACGCACACACACACACACCUCCACCAGACAACAUUUAUGAGAACAGAUUCAUAAAUCACAUUCAUAACCAGACUAAAAUUCUCUUAAUGAAUAAAGAAAAUAAAAGAGAACAAAU